AUGGACGUGUUGUACCUCAAAUCGGCAGAUACCGGCAGUAAUUCACUUCUUCUGCGCGCGACCGUCCGUCAAGGGGGCCGCGGCAAGAUAAAUGUUGUCACACUGCUCGAUUCUGGGUGUACAGCACUCUCUUUUAUGGACAACACCUUUGCGCGAGACUAUAACUUCGAUAUUUUAUGCCUCCCCAAGCCGAAACAGCUACGCCUUACCGAUGGCGAACGAAAAAACAACGUCACUGAAUUCGUCGCUGUGACGAUGGAGGGCAUAACUGAGGAGCACAAGGCGAGACUAGAUGUGCGAUACCACGCGUUUGUUGACGACCUGUUCGACAAGCAUUUUAUCAACAGGGUCACAGACAAGGAUAUUGAGAAAUACCUCAAGGGAAAGAAGCCCGCGACUGUGCAAGAGAUCAAGAAGAAGCUGCCACCAGAUUACCACGACCUUAUCAACUUAUUCCUGCCCUCCAAAGCGACGAAGCUACCUAAACACAGAUCAUACAACCACUGUAUCGACAUCGAGCCCGGCAAAUCUAUCCCCAGCUCGAAAACGCGCCCCAUGUCCCAAUCCGAACUCUGA